AUGAUGAGGCCUAGGACAAACAGCGACAGCCCCGGACCCUCGGCGCCGCAACCUUCCAGGUCGUCGCGCCUGGGCUCCUUCUCGGCCCUCGUCAAGAUACGACGCAAAGGCUCCGUCCAGGAAAACACCUACCCCUCACCACACAACAAGUCGAACACGAUACACAGUGAGACCGACCUGGCAGACACCUACACCCUGCGGCAGAGCGACUCUGCCGCCUCCUUCCCCGAACCCGAGAGCCAUGGCCGCGAACUGCUGUCCCUAGUCCAGCGCAUGCGCGCCGCCCCGUCCGGCCCGAGCCAUGUCGACCACGCGUACAAGGAGUUCCUGAAGCUCAAGGACCGGUGCACCGCUCUGUGCCUCGCCAUCAUGCAAGAGGAGAUCAAGUCCCUUCAAACCUCGUCUAGCGCCAACGAAACGCUCCUGCACCAUGAUUCAUACACCGAGUCGCCACACAGCCCCGGCAUGCUCGACAAUCGAAGUUCCUUAAGCGCAAGGAGCCUCGCCGAGGUCGUUUCCUCCAGUGGCGCCAACCGCCUGGGCAUACAUGGCACUGAGCUGUGGAUAGGCCCCAUUCGGGACUGGAAAGCCUGUGUAGAGGCACUCAACGAUGCCUUUCACGCUAGCCUGGCCGAGACGUACAAGACAUAUGAAAAGGACGCCACGCAUGAGAUGGUCGACGCUCUGUUUAACAACAAGAGGUUCCGACGGGAGGCAGUUACCCGCAUGCGCAAUGCAUCUGUGACCAGACUAUUAGCUCCCGACCCGCAAUUCUUUCCUCGAUAUGAAAUCAGAUUCAGAAAUUAUGAAAAGGCGAAGCAGGAGCUAACUGCCGUUCGGCAAAUUGUCCAAGCCGCCGAAUCGGGCAUCUCACCCUCGCGAGAGGUCCGUGAAAUACCAAUCUCGGAGCGCGGAGACGCAGUUUUGGAAUUUGCAAAUAACCAUGCCGGCUGUUCGCCCGACGACCCGGUUUUACGAUUUCGCGUUUCAUCCUACAUGCUAGCUGAGACAUCGCCCAUUUUUGCGCGCAUGUUCUCUGGUCACGCGAGCAGCCUUCACCUGCAUGAGGCUGAGGACAUAACCGCACAACUACCCCCGCCACGAUCCAAACACUACUGCAAGGGCGAGACAGAGACCUGGCUCUACCGGAUGCCGCAGAGAGAAACGAACACUCUCGAUUCUCUCUCUAUUCUUUUGCACGCAGCGCAUAUGCACAACGAGAAUGUACCGCGGGACAUCAGCUUUGACCAAUUUGUGGCCAUUGCAGAAUGCUCAAUACGUUACAAGAGCACCUCGCCGCUUGAGCUGAUGGUUGAGCACAGGUGGUUACCACAGUGGAUGCAUCGGGGGGCCGACGACAUGCCCGACGGGCUGCUCAUCAUUAGCUACGCAUUCGGCUCUCGCGGCUUGUUUAGUCGCAUGUCCAAGAGCGCCAUUCUGCAUCUAGUCGAUGAAAAGGACCUGCAAAGCAAGCCGUGGCCCCAAAAGAUCAAGGACAAAAUUUGGGCCGUGCGCUCCGCCAAGAUUUCGCAGCUUCACGACUGCUGUACAGCGGCUUUGCAAGAAUACACAAGACCGCCAACUAGCGAACCCACGGUAGCCGCAGGGCCGGAAGAGCCGCCGCCGACAAUCUGGGGAAGCCUGGGCAACGUUGUACCGCAGCACCCCACGCUGGCUCUCACAACGACACCCAGGUGUCCCAAAGGGAGCCACUGGUGCGACGCGACGAAUCUCGGCUGGCUUAUAAUGGUCUUCAACAAUAUGAAUAUGCUUUCCACCGCCAUACAGUCCAAGGCCCUGACGGGCGAGCCAGAAGUGCCCUUUGCGUCCAAGAGUCUGGCGCACGUCGUGGACCUGCUGCGCCUGCUGCCGAGCCCCCCCGCGCCGGUCCACCGUGGCGGUGUCUGCGACCCGAUCCCGUCGUUCCGCACAGCCGUGGCCGACAUUUACAACAGCGUCACCGGCCUGACCCUCUUUGACAUUAGCGGCAAAAGCCACGGCUGGGCGCUGUCCAAGCACGCCAUGCACGAGCCCCAGUCGCAGGUCGCCAAGGGCCUCGGCCGCAUGGCGGCACCCAACGACAGCUACACGGUUGCGACUGAGUUUCCGGAGAGCGUACUGCUGCAGGUCCUCAGCGCCGUCACGGAUAUUGCGGAUCUCCAUGCCGCGGCUCGCGUGAAUCGCGCCUUUUACGAGACGUACAAGACGUAUGAGCUGCUCCUGAUGCGCAACAUCUUACGGGCAGGCACGCUUCGCGGCAGUACGGCGCACAGCGUACCGCUGACUGUCAACAAUGCUGAAGAAAAGAUGCGCAAGUCGGAGUCGGACCGUCUCAAGGACCGGAUGCUGGAUGACAGGACGGGCUCGGCGACAGCGGACAGCGACGACCACGACGAGCGCAGCACGGACUCGGACAGUGACCUCGAAAGCGACGAGAUGCCCAUGGCAGCCACCCCAGCCGAGCUGUAUGACAACGACGACGUCCGAGGCGCACCACCGCCCCCCAUGCAAGCCGCCGACGUGGUCAACUUGGUCUUGUCCAGCCUCCAGCUGAGCGGGCCUCCCAAAGACGGCGAGGACGACGGCGACUUGUACGAGGCGCCCAUGACGGAAGAAGAGGCGCGGCGGAUCCUGUGGCCCGACGACUACGACGAGGAGCCGGCGACGCCGAGAGCCGCCCCCUACCCCGUGCAGGACCAGAGCAAUAACCCGGCGGCCCUGCGCGAAAAGUUCCUCCUGGGCGACGGGCUGGUGAUGGAAGGUCUCGAGGACAAGACGCUGAUUCUCAUGAAUGAGAAGCGGCUCUUGAAGGAGACGACCAAGUGA